AAUCGGUUCCCUUCCUGAAUCUGACUGUAUGUAAUACGUGACCUUUGAGUCAGUGCGAAUGCGCAAAAUUUUAUCCCCACUUAUCAUUCACGAGCCAAUGGUAAAUCGAUAUAUUCGAAAUUUUCACGCGAAAGCUCUACUGAACUAUUCUUGUCGGCAGUAGGCUACGGAACUCGCGACGUGCUGUCGUGUGAAUAGUGAGUACUCUAACUCUGCAAGGUCGAGAAAGGAUUAAAUAAAUGCACUAAAAAUAUUUGCAAAAUACAAAUACAAAAAACAAGAAGCUUAUCGAAAUUAAGUUUGACAGAGUAUAUUUCGUCAAAAAAUAUGAAGACGAUAUGGGUGAUUGGUGGUCCUGGUUGUGGAAAGGGAACGCAAUGCGAUCUUAUAAUCAAAAAAUAUGGAUUUUUACAUUUGAGUAGUGGUGAUCUUUUGCGAGAUGAAGUAACAAGCGGUAGUUCUAGAGGAGCUUCGCUUCAAGAAUUAAUGACCAAGGGCUUGUUAGUACCAACGGACAUCGUGUUGGAUCUUAUAAAGGAAAAGAUGGAAAAAGCACGUAAGGAAGGUACUACGAAAACAGGUUUCCUUAUCGAUGGAUAUCCUCGUGAAUUGGAACAAGGGAUUCUUUUUAAAAAAAAUGUUUGUUCAGUUGAUCUCAUCCUAUUUUUUGAUGUAUCUAACGAGACAAUGAGCAAAAGGCUUCUUGGCCGUGCCGCAGUGUCUCAAAGAGCUGACGAUAACGUUGAGACCAUCAAGAAAAGAAUCGAGACGUUUAAUGAAAAGAAUGGCAAAAUUGUAGAAUAUUACAAGGACAAAAUUGUCAGGAUUAACGCCGAAAGAAGCGUCGAGGAAAUAUUCAAGGAAGUUUGUACAGUGCUCGAUCGUUUGUUGGCUUAAUGUUUUGGCAAAGCACGCAACCCUGUGAGCUUUUCUCAAGCAUAGCCUAAUUGACUAUCGCAUCCAAAAGAGAUUUCAAUUUUUAGAUAGAGAUGUUAAGCAAUAUACGAAGUGUGUGAUAAUACCGUUUACAUUGUACUAACUAAGAUCCUAUCCUAAAAAAGAAAAAUUAUUCUGAAUAAGUACGGCAAAUUUUUAUUUCAUUUUUUCUGGUAAAAAUCCCCGAAAACAUUCGGUAUUUUUACUUUAGGCAAUGAAUCCUAUGCAACUUUCUUAUACGUUGUGUUUAUGAAAUAUAAACAAAAUAUGAAUCUCUCAGACUUUACUCCCUAAAAUUAGGGUUUUCGAAAUUGAUUUUACGUCUACCACUGCGAGAGCGAAUAACGGAAUAUCCAUGCCUACAAUUAUUACAAUAGGAAAGAGUUAAUAUUAUGAUUUCAUUUAACAAUACAACAAUAUACUUGAGCAAUAUUAUACUAUUACAGCUUUUCAUAUAUCGAUCGAUACUAUGAAUGUGUAAUAAAUUGUAUAUUGGAAUUAUU